UGUACAAAUCCCGCUCUUGUCCAGCCAGGGACCACUUGUGCUUGAAAGCGAUCACACAAGAACCCCACCAUUAUGCCACCUCGACAACAAACCCGCAACGAGGGCGGCUCGAAACCACUCAUCCCGCACCCUUCGUUGCCUGCCAACCCCAUGACGUAUCAGACGAACCGUAUCCCCGUAUCUGCAGCAUCACAUCCACCCUCAUAUUCUCAACCACACAUUCCUCAAGGUCUACCGAUGAUGCAGAAUUUUAUGCAACCGGCGCCGAUGAUGUACGCACCGACGGGCAUACCUAUACCAGGCUACCUGCCUCCUCAGGGACACUACAACCCGGCCAUGGCUUUCCGUCAGGCCAUCUUUCAACAACCCGUCUACGGUAUACCUACGCACACGCCCGAGGGGUACUCUUACUCUGCGACCUACCUUCAACAACAACAGCAACAGCGGUUUCAACCAGGACCGCAGCCUAUCGCCACGACAUCGAAGUUACCAACCCCGUCCUCCAAUACAGAAUCAUCUCGACCGGCUAAACGAGCCCGUCCAAACCCUCCUUCAGUUAAUGAUCCCGCGCCAUCGACAGAUAUCAAACCGAAACUCAAUGCCGCUCCUACUGCCAGCGGAACAAUCCCUACACGUACCAAGCUUCCUCUUCGAAAGGGCCAGUCCGAAGCCUCACAAGGGUUCUGGAGGAACUGUACUUCCCCCGGCUGCGCGUACGUGGGACCUGAUAAAGAGGUGAUCGUGCAUGAACAGGAUCGGCACUUGCUAUUCAAGGAUAGUAACAAGGUCAAGGUCAGCGAGGAGGAGGAAGAGGCUGCGAGACGGGUUGGAGGUCCACGUCCUGCUAUCACGGGAACCUCGAUUGUGCUGGAGACGGACGAAGACAUUGCCCGGUGGAUCGCUGAGCGAAAAGCUCGUUGGCCGACCUCGUCAAGGGUAGCUCAAAAGGAGAAAGAACGACAGGAGAAAAUCGACAGAGGCGAGCUGGACCCGAACGAAGGACGCAACAAUGGCCGAAGUCGAGGUCGGGGACGUGGACGAGGUACUGGACGUGGUCGAGGACUCGCCGAGCGAGGGCAAACAAGGGGAAGAGGGCGAGGUCAGAGGGGCAGAGAUAGCGGAUAUGGAGGCCGAGCAGGAAUCAAAGAGGGGGACGACCAGGAAGAGGUGCAGGACGACGAUGAUGAUUCGGAGGAGUCUAGUGAAGACGGAUCGACUGACUCCGACCAGGAUGAGGAGGAUCAAGAGGCUUCACAGAAAGGCGACGCUGUCGACACCGGGAACGACGACGAGGAUGAAGAGGACGAUGAUGACGACGCCCCACCGGAGACGCACGACGUCCGAACUCGAGUGGCGGCCAUCGAUACUACCAAGGCUUCGUUACAAACGAAUGAAGCCGACUCCAGCAUGGUCUCUGCAGGCAGACGGGCUGUCUGCAGGUCUUAUGCUCGAACGGGGAGGUGCAAGUUUGGGAACAAGUGUCGAUAUGAACAUACGGCGAGCGGGAAGGAAAGGGAGCCGGCGAUCGAUACGUCAGUGGAAUCGAUCCCCAUCAAUCCGUUCGCCCGGCCCAGUCUCCUCGGUGCCAUGCUGGAGAGACCGAUGCAACAGACCUUGUUGACGCUCACGGAAGCGAUCGAUUUCAUCGUGGACAACGAUUUCUUUGACGGUGUCGAGCUGGUGCCCGGGCAGGCCGAGGAGAUGGAAAGGACCCUCAAUAAGAUCACCGAAGUCGAGUCCGCGACGACGUCGGUGGUGGCAGGAGCACAGCCGGGGAAUGUGCAGGAUGAGAGCGGUUGAUUAAUUAUGGAUCGCGAUCAUCCGAAUAUAGUCAUCCCCCUUCCGCCGGCGGCCAUUGUCUGAAAGGUCACGUGACUUUUGGAUUUCGCUUUUGUUCCCGUUGAUCGUGAUUGCCCCACACGGCCGAGAGCGAAAGCGGUAGUUGCUAGCUUGCCCUAGGGGGAAUUCUGGGCCAAGGACGGGCCCAGGUUUGGAUCAUGUAAUCCCUA